AUGACAGCGGUAGCUCAACUUCCCCUGCCUCUGAGGCAUCUCAUCACCAAAAAACCCACUCAAAUCUCAUCUCUAUCUCUUAUCCCAACGCAGUCCCGAUUCUCAUCUACCAAAACUCCUCGCCAAGCAUCAACUCCCCUCCAGCGAAAACCCAUCCUCCGAGACACCAUCAGGCGCUACAUCCCCGAGGAGGCCAAAAAGUUCGUCAAGCCCGACGGCAAGCUCCAGACGACCCCCGAAACCAUGAAUUUCCUCAUCGAGCACAACCUAGAGCCUGACAACGGCGCCGCGCGCAGACUCACCACGGGUCCUGGCUUGCAGAACGUGUCCAAGGCCUAUCACGCAACCAUCGCCUUCAGCCCGCGGCACAUUAUCCAUCCGCAUGAUUUGCGCUUCUUUGAUCCCCGGGGCCAUCCGCUUGCUGCCGCGAGACGAGCAAAGUAUCUCCGGAAAUCUCAGCAGGAGCCCCUUUGGAUCAUGAUCACAGGUGCUGGAGCUGCCUCUGUGGUGCGGACCCUGACACAGAGACGCCUGAAGAGCGCAAUAUACCGGAGCCUGGAGGACCUCGGCUUCCGGAACGGCGUGGGGGCCGGGAAAGAGAUCAGGGGCACUCUCUGGAUCACGAUUCACAACCCGGUUGCGGCGUCGAAGCUGGCCCCUGAGCCGUUUGGCGAGGCUGUUGCUCGGGCGCUGAGGAGUAGAUGCAGCCAGCCCUUGAGAUGA